CGUACGUCGAUAUCUCGUGCAAUGUCACUCGAACGCGUUUCGAUAGAAAUUCGUUUAUUUAAAAAAACAUCAGAAAAUAAUAUCAACAAUAUGGAUUAUUUAAAUUUGGGAUUUCUUGCUCUCGAAUUACGUGACACAGUUUCAAAAACAUUGACAUCAAUAAAAAGUGAAUUGAAAUUAAGUUUAAAUGAGCGAAAUCCAAAAGAAGAUAAGAAAAAUACAAAUAAAAAUAAUAUCAAUGAUAAUUUAAAAAAAAUAACACUCGAAGAACUGUCAUGGCAUGACACUAUUGAUGACUGCUGGAUCGCAAUAUAUGAUUACAUCUACGAUUGCACUGAAUUCAUUAAAAAACAUCCUGGUGGUGGCGAUGUUUUAAGUGAAUACGCGGGCAGAGACGGCACGCUUGCUUUUAUCAGCACAGGACACUCAAAAUUAGCUAAUAAUUUAUUAGAUAAGUAUCUGAUUGGAGAACUACCUGUUCAUGAACGACUUUUCCGUAGAGAGGACGGCAUUAAAAUAAUUAUGUCCAACUAAAACAUAUAGAUUUUUUUUAAACUCAAGUAACAACAAAAAAAGAAAAAAAUUAUUUAUUAUA